GCUACAAUUUUUUUUUUUUUUUAUUCGUGCACGUUCAAAAAUGUUUGUCUAAUCAGAUUUUAUUUGCUGGAAUGCAAAUGGUUUGUAUGCAUGCUGAUGUCAAUGAAAACGUGCUUCUUCCUCUAGCGACACAAUUCAUUGUCCCGAACUCCAAAAUCAACAUCUUCCUCUUGCGGCAUUGUGCCCGUUAGUGUCGCAACAUUUUUGUUUGGUUUUCGAACACUUUGACACGUCGGCGUCCUGGACGCUCCUCCUUUGCCACCGCUGCGGUUGUUUCUUCAGCUGCCAACCUCACGUACUCGCUCGCGUUGUUCCAGACUUGGCCAGCCAUCCACCCGUUUUCUUUGGCGCUUAUCCUCACGAGGGUCGCGGGGAGUGCUGGAGCCCACAUACGUUUCGACGGGGCUCGCUAACAAGCUCACGGCUCCGCUGAGAGGGUUGGGGGGCGUGAUUAUUGCACGAACACGCGAAGUCGCGUCGACAUCCCAAAGUAGUCCAACGAAGCCAAUCCGUCGAUUUGCGCUCGCAUCCAUUUUCCGAAGGGCUCCAGAAGAUGGCGGGCGCAUGCGCAGUACGAGCGAGGCGUGCUUUUCUUUUUUUCCUUUUUUUCUUUGGCGGGUCUGCUGGCAGCUGCAUUGCGCACGCGCAGUCCCGCUGCAGUUCAAGACGUCGCCUCUCUUGGGUCGUCCCGGGCCGCUUCACGUUCACGUCCGUCCAACGCAGCGGAAUCAAGUGGUCUAUAUUUUUUUUUGUUGUUGUUUUUCUUUUUCCAAAUUUGCAAUAGUUUGUUCCCCCCCCCCCCCGCCUUCCGGCGUAAUUGUCAGUUCAGCAUCUGAGCUCGCUCGCAGCUCGUUAGCCAGCCGCCCGCCGUUAGCACAACAAAGGAAGUUAGCAACAGCCACUUUUCCACUCGUCUCGCGGCAACAUGUUGAAAGUUCACAUGCUGAGAGCUUUGGUCAACGAGCGCCUGAGUUUGGCCGUGGAAGAAAUCUUCGUGGUGUUGGAGAGAACCAUAGCGGACUACGAGGACGAACUUUGCCGAACCAAAGAGGAGAACCGCCGACAGCGCCAGCUACUGGACGCUCUUUGCAAACCUUCAGCAGCUGCACCGCCGCCGCCGUCGCGGUCCCUUCCGACGGAGGAGAACGCGGGCGAGCGACCGGACGAUCCGGAGGAGGCCGACUCGGGCGAGCCGGCGGUGACGCGCGUCAUCGUCAAGAGUGAAGACCAAGACGAAGGCGAAGGCGAGCGCCAGGAGAACCCCGAGCGGCAGGGCGGCGCCAGUCCGAAGAGACGCGGGGAAAGCGUCCCCCGGGGGGCCGAGGAAGAGAAGCAGCUGUCGUGUUCGGCGUGCGACAUGACGUUCAAGUUCCGCUCCACCUUCUUGGGCCACAUGAAAGGGCACGGCGGCGGCAACAAGUCGUACACGUGCGGCGUGUGCAACGCCGCCUUCAGGUUUCGCUCCACCUUCGUCAACCACAUGCGCACGCACACGGGCGAGAAGCCCUUCGUCUGCCAACUGUGCAACGCCAGCUUCGGCGCCCACUCGUCGCUCUUGCGCCACGUGCGCUCGCACACGGGCGAGAAGCGCUUCACGUGCUCCUUCUGCGAGAAGAAGUUCCCCAGAAAGUCCAGUUUGGUGGAGCACGUGCGCAUCCACACCGGAGAGAAACCGCUUUCGUGCGGCGUCUGCCGCAUGAACUUCAGAUUUCACUCCAAGCUGGUCAAGCACAUGCGGACGCACAAGGGAGACGAAGCCCUGACGUGCCGCGCGUGCGGCCAGGACUUCACUUCUGAGCAUCGGCUGCGGAAACACGCCUGCGCCAACCCUCAAAUUUCACCCCAUUUGUGAUGGCGCCGCGUGACGAGCCUGAAAAAAUAAAGUUUCAAUUGAGUCCGA